GUCACUGCACCAUCCAGGCCGCUGAGACCCUCCUGUUCACCGAGAAGAGUAUUUUGAAACUGGGGAAACCCAACGAUUGCGUGACCUUUCCGGUUAUUUUGUCAUAUCAUGUUACUCUGCAGUAUUUUAUUUUGUGACUGCUCAAAUGUUUCCCAGCACAAUGAACGUGAGAAAAGUGGAAAGGACAGUUCUGAGUGUGGAACAGGCAGAGGGAGUCGGCGCUCGUGUCCGCAGGAGCAUUGGCAGAAAGGAGCUGAGGAACCUGGAUCCCUUCCUGAUGUUGGAUGAGUUUAGAGUGAGCAAGCCGUCAGGUUUUCCAGACCAUCCUCACAGAGGAUUUGAGACUGUAACAUAUGUCUUGGAGGGGAUCACAGCCCAUGAAGACUUCUGUGGCCAUUCAGGACGACUGAAACCCGGAGAUCUGCAAUGGAUGACGGCAGGACGGGGGGUGGUCCAUGCCGAAAUGCCCGUAUCGGAGGAGCCGGUGGUGGGCUUACAGCUGUGGGUGAACCUGCCGAGGAAAGACAAGAUGGUGGAGCCAGCGUACCAGGAGCUGAAAGGCUCAGAGAUCCCCAAACCCAGCCAGGGAGGAGUCAGAGUCGCUGUGAUAUCUGGAGAAGCUUUAGGUGCAAAGUCUAAGGUCUUCACAAGGACGCCAACCCUGUAUCUGGACUUCAGGCUGGAGACAGGGGCCCUACAUGUGCAGCCAGUCCCCUCAGGAUGGACUACAUUCAUCUACACUUUAUCAGGAUCCAUUCAUCUUGGCCCGGAUCAGGAGCAGCAGAGGGUGGAGGCCCAUCACACAGUCGUGUUUGGAGAUGGAGACUGUGUCCAGGUAGAAAACAAGGGCUCUGAAGUUUCCCAUUUUGUGCUAAUUGCUGGAGAACCACUCAAAGAGCCCGUGGUACAACACGGUCCAUUUGUAAUGACCACAGAAGAAGAGAUCAGUCAGGCCAUCAGGGACUACCAGAGUGGCAGAAAUGGCUUUGAAAGGGCCAUAAAAUGGAGAUCCAAGAUCAGAGAUUCUGUCUAAACACUACGCUGUUGCACUCAAACAUAUUUAUAGAGAUAUUUGUUUGUGAUAAUUAAGUACAAAACGAAGGUAAAAGUUUGAUGUUUGAAAACACUUCUAAAUAUAUGCUGUAUGUACUUUCCA